CCCGCGACGACAGCAUCCCAGCAGACAGUCAGUCAAGCGGCGUUGCUGUUACCGAGCACAACACACACGAUCUUCGACUUGGGACCUCGUCCUCCCUCAGGCGCUUUCCUUCGCACCGAAUUGCGUGAAUUCGUCGUGAUUUACCGGCACUCCCGUACACGGUUCCCGUGUUCUGUUUGUUUUCCCAGCAAUUGGUGUUAAGUCGAGUGUCCAUAAUUGACGGUCUGUCAGUCGCAAUCGAAAUCAAAUUGCGGCCCAAUCGACUGGCCAGGGCCAGGGUGUGUCGAGCCCCAGAAUCAAGUCGAGCCCCAGAAUCAAAAAAUAAAUAUCCAUAUUUUGUGGAAAACAUAGCACUUUUUUAAGUCUACAAUUAAUGCAUAAAUGGUGUCCAAUAAAUUACCACACAAACAGCCACAAAAUAUUCCCAACUGAGUGACAAAAAAAGUGAACGCCGAAACAAUAUCUUUCCAAUGAAUUCAAAAAUAAAUCACAACUUUGCAUUGGAAAGUUCGCGGAAAAAGUCAAAGUGAGCAAACUAAUUUUAAUAGAAUUGUGCAUAAUUCAUGAAUAGCUUUUAUUAGCGAACAACUGAUUCAAAUUAAAUUCAAUUAGAUAAAAAAAAGCAUAUGCUUAUUAAAUCAGCUUAAAAAAUACUAUAUAUUUAAUAGAGAAUCACAGCGGUCGCAUGAUUUGACCUAAAUCCAUGUUAAUCGGGAAAAAAUUGCGUUCGAUCAGGACGCAAAUGGCAAAAAGCGGAGGCGACUUUAUUGACAACAAAAUGGCGGAGUGCAUAUAAAAUGCAAUAAAUAGCAAAUGGCGAAAUUUGAAACCGAACAGCAAUAAAUCGGCUAUUUAAAUGCAUAAAAGUGUGCUCUAUUGCGCGUUUCAUGUGUAAACACAAAAUCGUAUCUCGCAUAGCUGGCGCCGCUUAAUUGGGCAUGCAUUAAAAUAACAGCGAAGUAUAAAUUAAUCUCGUCAUAAAAAAUAAAUAAAUGCUUGCAUAAUUCGAGCUUUUGAAACAUUUAAAGGCAGUGCGUGGCAAAAAGUGUUUGCCGAUUUAUGUUUGCAUAAAUAUCAGUGUGUCAGUGGAGGUGAUAUAAAUGCUUUAAUUAAACUCCCGGCAGAAACAAUCGGCCCGCCAGCUCGGAUUACCUUUGGGAAUACUACACAAAGAAAAACAGUUUCAUUGGUCACCUAAUCGGAUUGCCCUCAGGCGGAAUAAGAAUCGAUACGCCUCAGAUAAGACUCUGCACACGAAUCAUAAAAGACAAGACCACUUCUCCAGGAUAUGUAAAUGAGCUCAACUCAAUGGAAUACGCAAAAUCAAAAUAAUUGCUAAACGCAGUUAAAUAUUUUCGCUUUCAAGGAAAAGGAACAAAAACCGGAGAGUCCUAGGGGAGGCCCAGUCCAGCCGAAAAGGAUACAAAACAGAGGCAAUAGCCACGAGGAGCUAGAAGAGAAUCUGAAAUUGGCCCAGAAAGUUGCAUAAAGCUGCAGGCAACCGAGGCAGGACAGGAAGUGGAAAAGUGACAUAAAGAGAUACGAUAAUCAAGCGACGGGACUAAAGGACGAAGCCAGGACGAGUCGGAACGGGGUCAGCCAUUUACUGUACGAUUGCCAGCCGAAACUUUAAUUGCCUCUCUGUUGUUGCCACUCCAAGGGGACUCCCUUCCCAGAAAGCACAAGGAGAGGAGAAACACAAGUCGGACCGAAUGCAACAAUUAAAAUCAAAAAGUUUUGGACAAGAUGCUGCUGCCUACGCCGCGGCAACAACAAAUCCCCACUACUAAGCGCAUCCAUCGACAACUUUUCCGAGCCUAAGACCCCGAGAAGGCCAAAGGAAAGGCGCCAAGCGAAAGCCGGAAGAAUCCUUCGACUGCGACAGCAACAGAGACAACAGAGGAGCCUGCGAUAGAAAGGAGAAAGGGAAAAGCACGCUGGCGAGUGGCGGGGCUUUUUAUAACGUCUGCUUCUAAUUUGAAUGGACUCAGCAGCAUUCGACAUUCAAAUGCAUAUUUGGAAACUUUUGUUAAUUGUUACAAAAUUUGUACGCAUUGGUAUUGCCGACAAAAACGAUUCGCCGCCAUAUUUCGAUAGAUUUCUGUACGAGACUGAAAUCGAUGAAAAUGCCGACUUGCAGAGCACAGUCCUCACUGUCAACGCCAAGGAUCACAAUGAGUCGACGAAUAUUCGAUACCAGAUCACAGGCGGUAACAUAGGCAAUGCCUUUGCCGUACAGAACACCACCGGCGUCAUUUAUGUGGCGAGUCCCCUCGACUACGAAACGAGGCCAAGGUAUGAACUUCGCUUGGAGGCGACACGAAAUCGCAAGAACAACUACACCACCGUUGUGAUCAACGUACGCGAUGUCAACGAUAAUCCACCGGUUUUCGAUCGUCAAACAUAUCGCACGCAAAUCACUGAGGAAGACGAUCGAAACUUGCCCAAGCGCAUCCUGCAGGUCACAGCCACCGAUGGCGAUGUAGAUAGACCAAUAAAUAUUGUAUAUUUCCUGACUGGCCAGGGCAUCGACCCGGAUAAUCCAGCGAAUAGUAAAUUCGAUAUAAAUCGCACCACGGGCGACAUUUUCGUGCUGAAGCCCCUGGAUCGAGAUCAACCCAACGGGCGGCCACAAUGGCGCUUCACUGUCUUCGCCCAGGAUGAGGGUGGCGAGGGCCUGGUGGGCUACGCCGACAUCCAGGUGAACCUGAAGGACAUCAACGACAAUGCGCCACAGUUCCCGCAGGGCAUCUACUUCGGCAACGUCACCGAGAACGGCACCGCCGGCAGCUCGGUGAUGACCAUGUCCGCCGUGGACUACGACGAUCCCAACGAGAGCACCAACGCCAAGCUAAUCUACUCGAUUGAGAAGAAUGUCAUCGAGGAGGAGACGGGGGCGCCCAUCUUCGAAAUCGAGCCGGAGACGGGUCUCAUCAAAACGGCCGUCUGUUGUCUGGACAGGGAGCGCACCCCCGACUACUCCAUCCAGGUGGUGGCCAUGGACGGUGGUGGCCUCAAGGGAACCGGCACCGCUUCGAUUCGCGUCAAGGACCUCAACGACAUGCCGCCGCAGUUUACCAAGGACGAAUGGUUCACCGAAGUGGACGAAACGAACGGGACUUACAUCCCAGAGACCCCCAUCCUCACCGUCACCGUGCAGGAUGAGGACGAGACCAACACAUUCCAAUACAAGGUGGUGCCGAACAGUGGCUUCGGCGCAGAUAAGUUUGCGAUGGUGCGGAACGCGGACGGCACAGGAUCCCUGAAAAUCAUCCAGCCACUGGACUACGAAGACCCUCUGCAGAGCAGUGGCUUCCGGUUUCGCAUCCAGGUGAACGACAAGGGCGACGACGUGGCCACUGGCAGCGACAAGUACCACGUGGCCUACUCCUGGGUGGUAGUGAAGCUGCGGGACAUCAACGACAACGUGCCCAAGUUCGAUCGCGAGCACAUCGAGGUCUCCAUCUACGAGGACACCAAGGUGGGCACCGUCCUGGAGCAGUUUCGCGCCACGGAUGCCGAUCAGGGGGGCCACUCCCGGGUCGCCUACAAAAUAGUCCGUGCCACCAACCGCCGCCGCCAGUUCGCGAUUAGCGACAAGGGGGCGGUCAGCAUCCAAAGGCCCUUGGACAGGGAGACAGCCGACAGGCACCACAUCCAAAUCCUGGCCGUCGACGACGGAACUCCCGCCCGCACCGCCACUGCCACGCUGACGGUGAUUGUGAAGGACGUGAACGACAAUGCCCCGGAGUUUGCCCAGGAUUACAGGCCCGUGCUGCCGGAAAACGUGUCUGGCAGGAAAAUCGUGGAGAUAACCGCCAAGGAUGCCGAUGAUCGCCAGAGGGGCAACGGGGGUCCUUUCACCUUCCGCCUGGAUCCUUUGGCCAGCGACGAAAUCAGAGCUGGCUUUAAAGUGGAAUACGAUCGCAGAGGCGACAAUGGCAAUGGAGUGGCUAUAGUUUCAUCGCUCCGCCCCUUCGAUCGCGAAAUGAAAAAGUCCUAUGCCAUUCCCAUCGAGAUCAAGGACAACGGAGCUCCGGCCAUGACCGGCACCAGCACCCUCACCGUGACCAUUGGCGACGUAAACGACAACAAAAUGCAGCCGGGCAGCAAGUCCGUAUUGGUGUACAACUACCAGGGACAGUCACAGGAUACGCCGAUAGGUAGGGUCUACGUCAACGACCCGGACGACUGGGACGUGCCGGACAAGAAGUACUACUGGGAGGUGCAGGAGCACCAGAGGUUCAAGCUGGACACGGACACGGGCAUGCUGACGAUGAAGGCCGGCACCAGGAGGGGCCGCUACUCGCUGAAGUUCAAGGUCUACGAUCGAGAGCACGGCCAGGAGGAUAUACCCUCGAACCUAAGCGUGACAGUGCGGGACAUAACGGCAGAGGCUGUCCAGCAAGCCGGCUCCAUGCGGCUGGCCCACAUCACCGACGAGGACUUUGUCAGGACCUGGAAUCCGGUUAAGAACCAGGUGGAACCCUCUAAGCUAGAGCGAUUCCGGAACAAGCUGGCUGAGCUGUUGUACACCGACCGGGACAACGUGGACGUCUUCAGUGUCCAGCUGCGGGCGGAAACCCCCUAUCCCCUCACAGACGUUCACUUUGCUGCUCGCUCCGCCACCCAGCAGCCCUACUUCAAGGCCGUCCGGCUGAACGGCGUGGUGCAGAUGCACCGCGAGGAGAUCGAGCAGGAGGUGGGCCUCAACAUCACCAUGGUCAACAUCAACGAGUGUCUGCACGAGGGCCGCGGCAAGUGCGGAUCCGGAUCGUGCACUUCGCGAGUGGAGCUGGGCAAGAAGCCGUACACAGUCAGUGUGAACCGGACCGCCCUGGUGGGCGUUCGGCUGGAGAUCAGCGCCCAGUGCGUGUGCCGGGCUAGGAACUUUACCGGCCAGGACCACAGCUGCAAGACCCACCUCUGCUACAACGGCGGCCGGUGCGUGGAGACCCGAAAUGGCCCCAAGUGCGUGGCCUGUCCGGUGGGCUACAACGGACCCCGGUGCCAGCAGUCCACCCGCAGCUUCCGCGGCAACGGCUGGGCCUGGUAUCCUCCCCUGCAGCUCUGCCAGGAGUCCCAUCUCAGCCUGGAGUUCAUCACGCGGGAGGCAGACGGCCUGAUCCUCUACAACGGGCCGAUUGUUCCACCAAAGCCCGGCGAAACGGUGAUUAGUGACUUCAUAGCCCUUGAAAUGGAACAGGGCUACCCGAGGCUCCUGAUAGAUUUCGGAUCCGGAACGCUGGAGCUGCGGGUGAAGACCAAAAAGACACUGGACGAUGGCGUUUGGCACAGACUGGACAUAUUCUGGGACUCGGAGAAUGUGCGUAUGGUGGUGGACUUUUGUCGCACUGCCGUGGUUUCAGAACUGGAAGACGGCACCCCUCCGGAGUUCGACGACAACGCCUGCCAGGCACGCGGGCAGAUCCCGCCUUUCGCCGAGUCCCUCAAUCUGAACCAACCGCUCCAGCUGGGAGGCCUCUACCGGCAGCACUUCGACCAAACCCUCUACAACUGGCAAUACGCCUUCAGCUCAAAAGGCUUCGACGGCUGCAUUCGCAAUGUGAUCCACAACUCCGAGCACUACGACCUGGCCUUUCCGGCCCUGGCCCGGAACAGUUUCCCAGCCUGCCCGCAAACGGACGAGGUGUGCCUGAAAACGGAGCACACAGCCCGCUGCUGGGAGCACGGAAACUGCGUGGCUAGCCUGGUGCAGGCCAAGUGCCACUGCCAGCCGGGAUGGAUGGGCCCCGGGUGCAACGUGCCCACCAUUCCCACCACCUUCAAGGCCCAGAGCUACGUGAAGUUCGCCCUCAGCUUCGAGCCAGACCGGUUCUCGACCCAACUGCAGCUGAGAUUCCGCACCCGGGAGCAGGGCGGAGAGCUGUUCCGGGUCAGCGAUCAGCAUCAUCGGGAAUACGCCAUCCUGGAGCUGCGGCGGGGCCACCUCCAGUUCCGCUACAACCUAAACUCGCUGCGGAAUGAUGAGCAGGUUCUGGGCCUGACCGCCGUCGCCGUAAACGACGGCCAGUGGCAUGUGAUUCGCAUCAGCCGCUACGGCUCGGCCGCCCUCAUGGAGCUCGACGGCGGGGAAUCGAGGCGGUACAACGAGUCCUUCCAUUACACCGGCCACCAGUGGCUGAGCAUCGACAAGCAGGAGGGCGUCUAUGCGGGCGGCAAGGCCGAAUAUACGGGCGUCAAGACCUUUGAGGUGCAGUCCGACUUCCAACGAAGCUGCUUGGACGACAUCAGGCUCGAUGGCAAGCACCUCCCGCUGCCCCCCUCGAUGAACGGGACUCAGUGGGGCCAGGCCACCAUGGCCCGCAACCUGGAGCGCAACUGUCCCUCAAACAGGCCCUGCUCGAACGUCAUCUGCCCAGAUCCCUUUGACUGCGUCGACUUGUGGAACGAAUACGAGUGCACUUGCAGCGAGGGUCGCAUCAUGUCCUCGGACACCAAGGGCUGUGUGGACCGGAACGAGUGCCUGGAGCUGCCCUGCCUGAACGGGGCCACCUGCAUCAAUCUGGAGCCGAGGCUCCGGUAUCGGUGCAUCUGCCCGGAGGGCUAUUGGGGCGAGAACUGCGAGCUGGUCCAGGAGGGACAGCGCCUCAAGCUGAGCAUGGGCGCCCUGGGGGCCAUAUUCGUCUGCCUCAUUAUCAUACUGAUACUAGCCCUGAUUUUUGUGCUAUACAGCCGGAAACGCAAGACAACUAAAAAGAAGAAGCGCUCCGGACCCGAAAAGGAUGUCCGCGAGACAGUCAUAAGCUACGAGGACGAGGGCGGCGGUGAGGAUGACAUGACGGCCUUUGACAUUACGCCACUGCAAAUACCAAUCAGCGCCCAGGGAGGACCUCCGGACAUCGCCGCCUGCAAGAUGCCCAUAAUCUAUCCCGUGAUGACGCUGCUGCCACCUGGCCAGGAGCUGAACGUGGCCUACCUGAUGGAGGAGCGCAAGCAGCGCAUCGACAAGGAUCCCAACGCCCCGCCCUUCGACGACCUGCGCAACUUUACCUUCGAGGGCAGUGGCAGCAUCGCCGAGUCGCUUAGUUCGCUGGCAUCCGGCACUGAUGAUGAGAAUCAAGACUUUAACUAUCUACAGAACUGGGGUCCACGUUUCAAUGCCCUGGCCGCCAUGUACGUGCACGAUAAGGCGAAAGCCAAGCAGCUCCCAUUGGACGGCGGCGGAGGAGCUGGAACAUCAUCAUCGUCGCCGCCUCUCGGAGGAGUCGGAGGCGCCGGAGGAGUGAAUCCGGUGGACAGCAGUGGCAGUGUCCUGGCAGUUGUGGCCACCGGCAGUGGGGCAGGUCCUGGCGGUGGCGGAGGCGGAGGCGGUGUCAGUGGGAUAAUGUCGCCGCCUGAUGUCGGAAAAGUUGUAUUAUAAAAAUAAAUAGUUAAGAUGUGUAGUUAAAAAUGAUGUUUCAGCUGUAAGCUCGAUGGCACAUGCCGAAUUUUCAGACACCCCCACGCCCGGAGCGGGGUUUCGGGUAUUUGUGUGUCUGGUUAGGGUUAAUUAUGUGUACAUGUGGCUAUCUGUGGAAUUUAAGACUAAGGUUUAAGGUUUUAGGUGUUCUCUCAUACAUAAGAUAAUUGAGUGUUUCAAAUACGAAUGGGUUCUCGAAGUAAUAAUCCAUAGCCUCCCGCCAAGGGACACUGUUUCUGUGCCAUUUCAGUUUCUUUUCAUAAGCCAUUAAUCAAAUAAAUAAAAAGUGUUAAAAAGUAUAGUUUCUAUAACUUCUAUGCAGACUUCUGGCAUUCGAAAUCUAACUUGGACGUUUCUUUAAGUCUUUCCCUGUCUUUGGAAAUUAUUGAAUUCACAUUAAACUGAACCAACUGAGAAAUCAAUGAAUAACUCUUAAAACAAAGAAUAGAUAUACUUAUAAAUUACAUUAAGCGUUCCAGAAUGGAAAAAGAGUUUAUAAAACUUGCUACAUACUAGUUAAAGACCCUGUAUAAAUACGGCAUUAACUCUCUAGCACGUAAGUUCUACGCAACUAAACCGAAAUUUUCCCCAGACCCCAGUCACCGCUCCUCGAAAACGCGGGGACCGAAAAUGUUGAACGUUGCAACUUUUGUGCGGCGGCACCGACAGGGGAACGUGUCCGAUUGCCACCGACCAGGUGGCACCUGGAAACCGAGCCUGAGAGCUGCCACCGAACCCACGCUGCCACAAAAGUUUGCAGAGCAAAGUAGAAAUUUAAUAAGAGGAAAAAAAUCAUAACUAACUUUGGUGAAAUUUAAAACUAAACGGGCGAAGCGGAAUGGCGGAUUUGGUGCAAACUCAACUGUAACAUAAUUUUGUAAAUAAUAAAUUCUGUAAUUAAAUGAUUGAUCUUCACUAUUAAGGUAAAUCAAAACCAAAAAACAGAAAAAUAAUAAAAAUCUUUGAAAACAACUAAUAGACUAAUUGCGUAAAAUAAAACAUAUACCGAAACCGAUAAUGAAAACGAAAUCUAAACCAAAUUCGAGUGUUGAUCAAACCAAAUUCAUAUUUCUGCAUUUACUAGCAACUACACAACCAGUACAGAAAAUGAAAUAUUAAUAUUAAUACUGUAUUAUGAGUCAUACACGAAGGGUUAUUACAUUUACGUUAGUUAAAGGACAAUUUGUUAGUAGUUAGCCUCUAAGCAUACUUUUUUAAAAAUCAAUAAAGCCCAUACA